GCCGGCCGGCCGGCCCUCGGCAGUGGGGAGGGGGUGAGGCGAGGGAGCCUGGCCGGCGCGGCCACACAAAGCCCCGGCUCCUCCCGCCCUCCCCGCUCGGCGAGGCGGACAGCGCCCGGCUGCUCCCGCCGCUGCGGGCAGGAGGCCGAGCCAGUGGGCUUUGGAUCAGGACCUGACUGGCAUGGAGACUGAACUGUUGCUUCACCUCCUAGAGAUGGAGUUCAAGACAUUCAGUGGAGUCUUCCCAGGGAAGAUGUCGUCUGUGACAAUGGAAGCCCGUUGUCUGGAAAAGAGAGGAAGUUUCUUUAAGCUCAUUGACACAAUUGCCUCAGAAAUUGGAGAACUGAAACAAGAGAUGGUACAGACAGAUCUCAUGCUGGAAGAUGGAUCCACUGAUUUGCAAAGCCUAGAAAAGGACAUGGAUAAUGUCUGUCCUGAGAAAAAGGACUUAAAAGGCUGUCCCCGGGACUCUGGCUAUGACAGCCUCUCCAAUAAACUCAGCAUACUAGAUAAACUUCUCCACACCCAUCCUGUGUGGCUACAGCUUGGCCUGAAUGACGCUGAAGCAGUGGAAAUUCUGCAGUCCCAGCCUCCUGGAAUCUUUCUGGUUAGGAAAUCCACAAGAAUGCAGAAGAAAGUCCUUUCGCUCCGUCUACCUAAUGAAUUUGGAUCUCGCCUCAAGGAAUUUGCAAUAAAAGAAAGCACAUAUACCUUUUCAUUGGAGGGCUCUGGAAUAAGUUUUGCUGAUUUAUUCAGGCUCAUCGCUUUCUACUGUAUUAGCAGGGAUGUCCUGCCAUUCACCUUGAAAUUGCCUCAUGCUAUUGCGGCAGCAAAGACAGAAGCUGAACUUGAAGACAUUGCUCAGCUGGGACUGAAUUUUUGGAGCUCUCCGGCUAACAACAACCCCCCAAAUCCUUCACCUCCCCGUAGGCCUCUGCCCUCAGACAAUGCUUGCAAAGACUCACGUCAGCUCUGUCUUAUAAAUGGAGUGCAUUCUAUAAGAACCAGAACGCCUUCGGAGCUGGAGUGUAGCCAGACCAACGGAGCCUUGUGUUUUAUUAAUCCUCUCUUCUUAAAAGUGCACAGCCAGGAUGUUAGUGGAAGUUUGAAAAGGCAGAGCCCAAGAACUCAAGAUGUGAAUGGGACAGAGAAGCCUCGCUCCCCCCCACCCAGACCUCCACCACCUUCUAUUAAUAGCCUUCUCACAAGUCCACAGCUCUCCAGGACUAUAAAGCAGGGGAGCAUGCCAGGAACAGUCAACCAUAACAAACAUAGGAACUUGGAUUUGCUGCAGAAGAAACCAACCCCUGUUCCGCCUCCUCGUCUAAAGAAGCAGGCUGUUUGCUUAGAAGGGGAAGGUAAUGCAAAGACCUUGGCAGUAAUUCGAUCUAGUCACAACUCAGUGCAUGGGUCAGAAACUGCUAGCGUUCCAGGUGAAGCCCUGUGUGAACAAAAUUUAGCAGCUUGCAGAAAGACCUUGGCUACAAACUCUGAGUCACAAGUACAGUGGAAUGGAGGCAGGCAGAGACUGAGCGACAUGAGCAUUUCCACCUCCUCAUCCAACUCGCUGGAUUUUGAUCGUAGUAUGCCAUUGUUUGGCUACGAAGGGGACACUAACAGCAGCCUGGAGGACUUUGAAGGGGAAAGUGACCAGGAAAGCAUGGCACCCCCUUUGAAGCCCAAAAAGAAACGGAACAGUUCAUUUGUUCUCCCCAAGAUUGUGAAAUCCCAGCUGAGGAAAGUAAGUGGGGUGUUCAGUUCUUUCAUGACCCCCGAAAAGAGGAUGAUCAAGAAAAUUGCAGAGCUGUCCCAGGACAAGCGCACUUAUUUUGGGUGCCUGGUGCAGGACUAUGUCAGCUUUCUCCAGGAGAACAAGGAAUGCCACGUUUCGAGUACUGACAUGUUACAGACAAUUCGGCAGUUCAUGACACAAGUUAAGAACUAUUUGUCACAAAGCUCUGAACUGGAUCCCCCCAUUGAGUCACUGAUUCCAGAAGACCAAAUAGAUGUUGUGCUGGAGAAGGCCAUGCACAAGUGUAUCCUGAAGCCCUUGAAAGGCCACAUUGAAGCAAUGCUGAAAGAAUUCCAUACUGUGGAUGGCUCUUGGAAACAGUUGAAAGAAAACCUGCAGCUAGUGCGGCAGAGGAAUCCUCAGGAACUGGGUGUAUAUGUCCCAACACCGGACUUUGUGGACGUUGAAAAGAUUAAAGUCAAGUUCAUGAGCAUGCAGAAAAUGUAUUCACCUGAAAAGAAAGUCAUGUUGCUGCUGAGAGUGUGCAAACUGAUUUACACUGUCAUGGAGAAUAACUCAGGGAGGAUGUAUGGAGCGGAUGACUUCUUGCCAGUGCUGACCUAUGUAGUGGCCCAGUGUGACAUGCUGGAGCUUGAUACUGAAAUUGAAUACAUGAUGGAACUGUUGGAUCCGUCUUUACUACAUGGAGAAGGAGGCUAUUACCUGACAAGCGCGUAUGGAGCACUUUCUUUGAUCAAGAAUUUCCAGGAAGAACAAGCAGCCCGAUUGCUGAGUUCAGAAGCCAGAGAUACCCUUCGGCAGUGGCAUAAGAGGAGGACAACUAACAGAACAAUUCCUUCAGUUGAUGAUUUUCAGAACUACCUUCGAGUUGCAUUUCAGGAGGUUAACAGUGGCUGUACAGGAAAGACCUUAUUAGUAAGACCUUAUAUCACCACAGAAGAUGUGUGUCAGCUCUGUGCUGAAAAAUUUAAAGUGGACAGCCCAGAAGAUUAUAGCCUGUUUCUUUUUAUCGAUGAUACCUGGCAGCAGCUAACAGAAGAUACUUACCCUCAGAAGAUUAAGGCAGAGCUGCACAGCCGGCCACAACCCCAGGUUUUUCACUUUGUAUACAAGCGCAUUAACAGUGAUCCUUAUGGUGCCAUUUUCCAGAACAAUGAUGACAACUCCACUUUAUAGAACAGAUGCUUGUUAUUUGUGUUCCUUGUUGAAAACAUCUCUUGGGUGGCUGUCUUCUUCUUUAGGAGGCAAAACAGUCUAUAGAUUAAAUGCCUCGUAAGAACACGAGCAGCAGCUUUUAGCACUGCCUAUAGAAAAUGUACAUACAGUACUUACAGCCAAUUGUGCAGUAUAUGCUACCACAGUGUCUGAGUGAACAACCCAUUCGGCUGAGUUUCUUGGUACACAGAUUCUUCUGAAGUAUGUUACACUGUGGCCCUCUGCAGGUCUAUCCCUGUAAGCAUACUGAGAUUAAGUUUCUCAUACUUACCCUUCAGCCAAAUGUUGUCUUGAUUUAAACAUGUAUUCUAGACAAACUUUUGGGUGGACUGGCUGGUACACUUUCAAUUUCACCAGCAUAAGUGUGACAAGACUGUCCGAUGCAGGGCAUCAAUUAAUUCCCAAUUAUGUGGAUGGUUGCAUCCUUUUCUAUCUAAAACUAUUUUUUUUUUUUACAGAAAGACUCCAUGUUUUUAUGUAUUUCAUAGAAAUUUUAUAGCAGUUGCAGGUAAACUGUAAGGGUGGGUUUUUAAAAUAUUUUUUUAACUAUAAAGUAUCUAUAAUUAUGCAUGUGACUUUAACAUUUAAUAUACAAAAAUAAAUCUCUUGCUGGUUUUAGA